AUGCAUGUUUCUAUUCUGUCUCUUAUGGGAACUAGAGAAUCGGCCCGCACUUGUGUACUCUCGAAAAGAUGGGAACGUUUGUGGUCAUACAACAUUCUAAACUUUGAUGCUUUAGAAACCAUUUUUGAGAUUGAAUUGAAUCCGGAGGUACUGGGAGUAGAAAGAUCCAAGUACAUAAGUUGGGUGAACAAAGCGGUGGAGUCGCAUCGUGGUUCAACCAUAGAUGAGUUUAGGGUUUCUUUUUGUUUCAAUGUCACUUCUAGUUGUGUCAUUGAUAGAUGGAUUGAGUUUGCAAUAGCAAAGCGAGUUCAAAGGCUUGAGCUUGGCUUGAAUCAAUGUCCCAACUACGAACAGGCUGAAGCAUAUACUUUUCCGAACCAGAGUUAUAUUUACAUCAAAAGUCCUGCGGGUUUAUCCAGCAUUAGGCCCCUAAGGUCCCUCUGUUUUAAGCGUGUGAACAUAAGUGGAGAAAUUCUUGAAUACUUGCUCUCCAAUUGUCCUAUUCUUGAAUCUUUACAAGAUCUUGAGGUUUGUGCUACCGGUCUUGUGUCAUUUAAAUAUUUUGGACUGGGCCGAAGAAUUGAUAUGCAAAUUAAGGAUGCAUUCCAGCUUGCUGAGGUGUCUAUUUCAGAUUUCGUUGAGCGAAUAGACACUGUUUUUUUCUCGUUGUCAAGCUACUUUUCGCAGCUCGAGACUCUUUCAUUGGCCAUGAAUUUGGCUUGUUGGAAAAUGGGUAAUGCAGGAUUCCAACUACUUCCUGAAUUUACCAAGCUCAAGCACUUGACAUUGCAAGUUGUAGCAGAUGAUUUUGCAAGCCUUCUCGGUUUGACUACCUUGAUAAAUGCUUCACCUUUGCUACAUAAAUUUAAAUUGCAAUUGUCAAUAGCUUUGAUAAGGGAGAGGUCGAGGAAGGUUGAGUUGUCGUUAUCGUCCUCAGCGGUGGCGGCUCGUUUGCGCUUAGAUAUGUGGUUGCAGUGGUGGUGA